GCGGGUGGGCCCGCAGCCUUGCAGUUACUGUCGAGUCCUCGAGUUCGCGUCGCCGCCAGCGCUGCCCGGAUGGCCUCCCAAAACCGCGACCCAGCCGCCGCCAGCGUCGCCGCAGCUCGUAAAGGAGCCGAGCCCAGCGGGGGCGCCGCCCGGGGCCCGGUGGGCAAGAGGUUACAGCAGGAGCUGAUGACCCUCAUGACGUCUGGCGACAAAGGGAUUUCUGCCUUCCCUGAAUCAGACAAUCUCUUCAAAUGGGUGGGGACCAUCCAUGGAGCAGCUGGCACAGUAUAUGAAGACUUGAGGUAUAAACUCUCCCUAGAGUUCCCCAGUGGCUACCCGUACAACGCGCCCACGGUGAAAUUCCUCACGCCCUGCUACCACCCCAACGUAGACACCCAGGGUAACAUCUGCCUGGACAUCCUAAAGGACAAGUGGUCUGCCCUGUAUGACGUCAGGACCAUCCUGCUCUCCAUCCAGAGCCUGCUAGGAGAACCCAACAUCGACAGCCCGUUGAACACACAUGCUGCAGAGCUCUGGAAAAACCCCACAGCCUUCAAGAAGUACCUACAGGAAAACUACGCAAAGCAGGUCUCCAGCCAAGAGCCCUGACCUGGGCUGUCCAGCCUGUCUCCUUGUUCUGUCUUUUUACUUUUUCCUUGGAUGGUCUGUCCUUGCCUUGAUUUCUGUUUAGGACUCUGUCUUCAGCUGUGGUGUCAUAUUUGUUUUGUGUCUGUUUUUUUAAAUUAAGUCUCUGGUUGAGCCCCUGUGAUGAAUAUAUUAAAUAAAUACAUUUUGAAUUUUG